AGAAAAGUCUGGAACUUUUUUAACACCAUCUCUCUUAUUUUUCUUAUCUAAUCCUCAUUACAAAACACAAACACACACAAAUACACACAUAGAAAACACACACUUGUAUGUAUACAUUUCCUAUAACUUCCCCAACAGAAAAACCUUAUAUAUCUCCCUGUAUUCUUCAAAAUUUUAAUAAAUUAUUGGGCUUUUAGAUUCCUUUCUUCUCUCUCUCCCCUUGUGAAACACACAAGUUGCUCAAACACUAUAAAGAUCAGAUUUUUAUUAAAGAAAGAUUGAAUUUUUUAACUAGUGGGUGGUUUAUAAUGUGUUUGCAAGACACAGAGCAAGUUUGUGAAGGAAUGGAGAAGCUGGGUUGUGGCGAGAAUCCCGAGGAGGAAUGGCAGCAGCAGCAGCCUGUCAAUUUGGUGGAUACCCAGAUCCAGAAUUGGGGUAAAAGCUUGUCAAAAUGUGAUCUUGGUGAUGGAAAUGAUGAUUCUGAGCAGAUUGGCCAUCUGGGUGAUUCAUUUCCUCUCGAGAAGAUAUGUGAAGAUACAGUUGUUGCUGACAAAAAACAGAACUUGUUAAGUGAAUUCAUGCCUUCCCUUCGUUCUGGCGAAUGGUCUGACAUUGGUCAUCGGUCUUACAUGGAGGAUACUCACAUAUGUAUUGCAGACCUUGCUAAGAAGUUUGGUUAUCCAUUUGGCAAGGAAGCUAUCUCCUUCUAUGGUGUGUUUGAUGGCCAUGGGGGGAAGAGUGCAGCCCAUUUUGUUAGAGAUCAUUUGCCGAGGGUCAUUGUCGAGGAUGCUGAUUUUCCUAUUGAACUCGAAAAAGUAAUUUCAAGAUCAUUCAUGGAGACUGAUGCUGCCUUUGCUAAGUCAUGCUCCGUUGAGUCUGCCUUGUCAUCUGGAACAACUGCACUUACUGCAAUGAUAUUUGGGAGAUCUUUACUUGUCGCUAAUGCUGGAGAUUGUCGGGCAGUCUUAUCUCGACAUGGAGUGGCCAUGGAGAUGUCAAAAGAUCACAGGCCUUGCUGUAACAUUGAACGGACGAGAAUCGAGUCCUUGGGUGGAUUCAUAGAUGAUGGCUAUUUAAAUGGGCAGUUGGGGGUCACUCGAGCAUUAGGUGAUUGGCAUAUCCAAGGACUGAAAGAAAAUGGUGCCCAAACUGGUCCCCUUAGUGCUGAACCAGAACUUAAAUUAGUAACACUUACAAAGGAAGAUGAAUUCUUGAUAAUUGGUAGUGAUGGAAUCUGGGACGUAUUUCGUAGCCAAAAUGCAGUAGAUUAUGUCCGUAGGAGACUCCAGGAACACAAUGAUGUGAAGCUAUGCUGCAAAGAAGUUGUGGAAGAAGCGAUGAAGAGGGGAGCAAUCGACAACUUGACAGUGGUGAUUGUUUGUUUUCACUUAGAGCCACCUCCUAACAUGGUGAUUCAAAGGGGAAGAGUCCGGAGGAGCAUUUCCGCAGAGGGGCUUCAAAAUCUCAGGUUUCAUCUUGAUGGAUAGAGAGAUCACUAAUAUUCUUGGCAAUUCAACAAAUAUAUAAUAUGAUGAUGAUGAUGAUGGACGAUGACACAAUGAUAGACUACCUUGUGAUAAAUUAGGUGAUUGUUGUAAAUAAUAUUCAUCCCUAGGAAAUAAUAUAGAUAACUAAAACUGCAAUUGCUUGCCAGAAUUGUUGAGAAAAAGCAAUAAGAUUUGAGGGAAGAAUACCAUUGUAUUCCACUUUGGGGGACAUCAAGUUGUAGAUGGGUUUGUGAGUCCAAGUUGUAUGGUCCUGUGUCGUUUCACAAAUGUUGCGUCGCAAACUAUGUUCUAUGUGGUGUUUGAAAUGAGAACUCACUGCCAAGUGUAGGAAGUUAUAUUUGAACAAUUUAGCUGGUUGUACCUAUGAAUUAUGAUUUAGCACAUUGUAAUCCAGGGCAUGAAUUAUAAUGUAGCACAUUGUGAUCAGUACCUGAUAUACAUGAGAUUUAUUUGCAAGUA